GUAGCGGCGCUGGAGAGACAGAUCUUUGAUUUCCUGGGCUACCAGUGGGCACCCAUCCUGGCUAAUUUUUUGCACAUCAUGGCUGUUAUUUUGGGUAUUUUUGGGCCCAUCCAGUACAGAUCCAAAUACCUCAUGAUGUACGCGGUGUGGCUGGUGCUGUGGGUCGGCUGGAACGCAUUCAUCAUCUGCUUCUACCUGGAGGUCGGACGCUUGUCACAGGACCGAGACUUCAUCAUGACCUUCAAUACCUCACUGCACCGCUCGUGGUGGAUGGAGAACGGGCCAGGCUGCCUGGUGACGCCGGUGAUGAACUCCAACCUGGCGCCCGAGGACCAUCAUGUCAUCACCGUCGCGGCUGCCUUCAGCGGCUGCCUGCUCGCCUACCAGUACAUCGAGGUAGUGAGCAGUGCCACCCAGAUCUUCCUGGCGCUCUUUGGCUUUGUCUACGCCUGCUAUGUCAGCAAAGUGUUCCUGGAGGAAGAAGACAGCU